AUACCUCCAGAAAUGUUAAAAUAUGCCCGAGAAGAUACUCACUAUUUAUUAUAUAUUUAUGACUGCUUAAAAAAUGAUCUUAUAACAAAUGGGAAUGAAAUGAAAAAUCUAUUGCAUUCAACAUUUGAAAGAAGUAAAAUGAUUUGCUUAAAGAGGUAUCAAAAACCAGUAUUUAGUGAUGACAAGUAUUUGGAGUUGUAUAAAAAAAGUAAGAAAACUUUCAAUGCAAAACAACUGUAUUGUCUAAAAGAAUUAUAUGGCUGGAGAGAUAGGAUUGCCAGAGAAAAUGAUGAAAGUUUAGCAUAUGUUUUACCCAAUCACAUGCUCCUGCAAAUAGCUGAAGCAUUACCUAGAGAACAGCAGGGAAUUCUAGCUUGCUGUAAUCCUAUUCCCCCUCUGGUGAAACAACAGUUAAAUGAAUUGCAUUCCAUCGUCUUAAAAGCAAAUGAAUCUUCUUUGAAGCAGUUAGAAAUAUUAGAAUUUCAAGCAAAUAGCCAGACUCCAAAGAUAAAUAACCAAAUCGAUCUAAGCAGCAUGGUUCACUGUCCUCAUGACAUCCAUCAUUUAGAAGACAGAAAGAAUCAGUCUACAUCCCACUCAACAAGUAAUUCUGAGAUUACUCUUCCUCUUCUAAGAAAAGAGCAUUCGUCAUCUUCACUUUUAAAAAAACGGCCAACCCUUAGUCUUCUUUUUGAUAUUAUUCCAAAGAAGGUCCAAACAUCUGAUCCUUCGGUUGAACAAUCAACAAAAAAGGUUCUAGAAGUUAUCAGCAAUUUAUUUAGUCCUUUUAAAAGGUUUCAAGUAACUGAACAACUCCAGUCAGAACAGCAAAGAACUGAGACCCGGCAAAGAAGUGAGACACAAGAUAAAGAAAUAACUGUACAAGAUCAAAAUAGUUCAAUACACGAAGAUUUGAAUGAAGAAUGUACUACUACGAAGGAAAGUGCAGAAAUUCAGGAACCGUCUGUUUCCAAUGAACCGAUAAACGAAUCCUGCGAAAUAUUAGAAUCAACACCAUUAUGCAAAAAAAAAAAUAAAAAACGUAAAAAAAGGAAAGCAGAUCCUGAUAUUUCACUCAUAGACUCUACUGAAUCUGGAAAGCCUCCAAAUAAGAAAUCAUGCACACCAGAAGUUGUAGUUUUAGAUGAUGACAGCUUUACACCUUAUGAUUACAGUCAAGCAGAACAUAAUUCCAUAUUUGGUAAGAAAAAUUCCAAAGAAAUGAGACAAGACAAUCAAACAAAAUUUCAGACACCAGGACGAAAUUUUGGAAAGAAGAGAAAGCAUGCAAAACAAACUUUUUUCAGCAGAAAUCAAGAACAUGAUGCAAAGAAAAAUUUCCAAAAAUGGCCAAAAAAUAACCUCAAGAUGAUAUCCAUUCUGAACGACCAUAUUCUGUAAAGAAGGACCUACUAAAAGAAGCUUUCGCUGAAAGCCCACAUUAUGUAUUUCAGUAACUGGCAGACAGAACUUAAUAUUUUGAAAAGGAUAAUAUAUGAUCAUUGGAAGAAGACCGGGUAUGUGAGUUUCUACAACGUAUGGUUACCCCAUACAUUAACAGAGCAGAAUACGCAUGUUCCAUUUUCAGCAUGUGAGUUUUUGCUGAAAAGAAAUAAAGAAGCUCUUUUUUUUUUUUUUUUUUUUUAAAACAACGCAUUACUGAAGCUGAGAAAUGGAUACUAUAUAAUAAUGUUACAAGAAAAAGAUCAUGAGGACAGUGAAAUAAAAGAAUUAGAAUAAAGCUAAUCUGUGUA